AUGCUCAAGGCUAUCCACGAGAUUAUCACUCCCUUCCAAAGAACGAUGACUUCUCUGCCAGGACCAGACAUCGAGAUGCAGGACGUCGAAUUACCUGCCAAAGCCAAGAUGCCCCCACACCACUGUCAUCCCUUCGGCCUUGGUGGGGGGGGGGGUGACCUAGACAGUGAUCUGGAGAGUGAUCUGACAGACCCUCCGGAUAGCGAUAUGGAGUUGGACGACGAUACGAGCAGCGACAACCUUGACAGUCUCCCAGACUCUGAUUCGACCGAUAGCCUGGAUGAUGAUCUAGCCGAUAAGCAUGCUGAUGAGAAGGUGCAUACGGAGACCUGGAUCCGAAUGAAAUCAGCUAUGACUCUGACGAUGAAGAUUGCAAGAGCGUUCUUCACGACGAAGAGGUCCUCGAAGUUAUCUAUAAGAUAA